ACAACUUUCGAGAUGGAGAGGAAACAUCCUCCAUAGAGUUACUAUCAUGUAACUUCUCUUUUUCCUGAUUCUCAGAUCAGCCACCAGUCCCGUGCCACACCCGAAGUCGAGAAUCCUUGAUCCUUUAUCAGGAACCCAUGACAUCACUCUAUUAGCUGCUUCUGUAGGGGCUUGCACUUGAGCUCCUUGAUAUUGGGCUCCUUCUUUUGAUGCUUAACGAUCGAAUCUUCGAGCGAGAUAAAAAAAAAUAAAAUAAAUGGGAUUAAUCUGCAGCAGUGUGCUUGUCAAGAUGGCGGAACGAACGACCCGACGUCGAAAGAAGAAAGAGAGUACAGAGUUGGAGAAACCUACCAAGGAAGAAACUGCUGUAGCUCGACACAUACGUUUCAAUCUACCAACCAAAAACACAUCCAUUGAUGGGCACAGAGUAGAGUACUUUACAGGAUCCAAGGCUGUGGACUUCCUGCUUGACUCAAAGUGGGCGUCAGGAAAAGGAAAAACAGAGGUUAUCUUCACCGACAGGGAAUCGGUUGCUAACUACCUAGAUGGCUUACUGUGGAAGGGUCUUUUCUACCGGGCUUUGAAGGUCGUGAAGAAAAGCAAGAAAGAGAAGGAAGAAGGCAAGAAAGAGAAGAAAUCCAAGAAGGAAAAGAAGAAGACAGAGGCUGAAACUACAGAGAAGGGUGACGAGAAAGAGAAGGAAGACACCAAAGGAGGUGGAGCGAAAGACAGUAAGGAUGGAGGGAAGGAAGAAACUCCACCAAAGAAAAAGGAUGGAAAGAAGAAAAUCAAACUCGAACUGACCGAUGACCAGAAGUUUGCGGACGGAAACGACGCCUUCGUCUGGGUGUAUGACCCCGUCCGACCUAUGAACUAUGUUUACGGACUUGGGCUUGUGAUCGGUGCAAUUGCUGUCUGUCUGUUUCCCUUAUGGCCGCCCUGGAUGCGAACUGGUACAUACUAUCUUUGUCUUUGUGGAGCUGGAUUUGUAGGAGCUAUCUUUGCCCUGGCUAUUAUACGACUCAUCAUAUUUGUCCUGACUUGGGGAUCGACUUUUGGCAAAAUUCACUUCUGGCUUUUCCCGAACCUCUUGGCGGAUGUCGGAAUCAAAGAAUCGUUUAUGCCCUUUUAUGAAGUUGAGUAUAUGACUAAAAAAGAAGACGAUAAGACAGAAAAAUCUAAGGAAGAUUCAAACGAUGAUGAGAAAGGCAGCGAGGCGAUGGAAGCCGAAGACCAGCCCAACCAAGAAACAACUCAAGAUAUCGGCCAUGUUGAAAAUAUUCCUGAAAAUAUUGGUGAUACGGAAGAAAGGUAUUCGGACCAAGCAGGAACUCCGCCCGAAAAUUCUGACAUUACUGAAGAGAGAAGUGUUGAGAGCGGGGAUGCAGACGAAGUCGAUGACGAUGAGGAAGACGAUGAUGAUGAUGAUGAUGAUAACGGAGAUGACUUUGAAAUGAUCAAUGAGGAAGAAAUUUCUGAAGUAUGCGACGGAAGCGGGGGGUCACAGCAUGAAGAGGAAGAGGAAUGAAUCUGUUAUUUUUACGUUAACCUUGAUGUAAUCACAACGACCAUUCUAUCUUUUAAAUGUUUGCCUUUAUUCGUGCCGUUAUGUAAGCUGUUUCCUCGAUUAGUGCGAUUCAUGUAUUUCCGUAUUGUUUCAUAGGCAUAGCUGCUUGUGAACUUGAUCAGUGUGACUUAUAUGAUGGUUGUGCAUUUUGAGUUUCCUCAAAUAAAAAAUCGCACCAAUUGUCAUAAUGGCAUAACUUAUUCCAUAUGUACCAUUGAGCAUCACCAAUCGAUACGCAGGGUGCAGAAAUUAUUAAGCGCCUUUUACAUUGACACUCUCAAGCGCUUUACAAAUGUAAUACUGAGAAAUUACCCUAUUGGUAAGAUUCAGGCAUCCCUCGCUCAAAGGAACACAAAUUCUCCACUCCCUUGGUUUGGUUCUAGCAUGGUGCCUCCGUGAUGCCCAUUGCAUUGACAAUGUCUGUAAGCACUUUACAAAUCGUUGUGUCAGUGCAAGAGUGCCUUUAACACCACACUUUCGUGCAAUGCAUGCAUGCAUGCAAAAAUGCCCUUAGCAGCACUCGUAAGGGCCCUGCAUAAAGGUGUUUUGCUAUAAGGGCAUUCUUGCACCGACACAAUGAAAUAUAAUACAACCGGUGUCCGUUUCAUAAACAGAAAUAACAAAGGUACGUUUGCCAUUAUGGCAGCUACCAUAAUAGGGAUCAGCAGCUAAUCAAAAUCAAGGUUUCCAUGGAAGUUGCAAAUAUGGCAAAGUUACAACAGUUAUAACUCUGAAACGGUUCCAGGACAUUUGCUCCGGCGAUGAUUGCUCCGAUGUUAAUUCCACACACUAAUCGAAUGACCAACUUCAACCUUGGAUGUAACACGAUACCCUAUCCUAAACUUAACCCUCACGUAUCAUAAAUCCCUAUUCCAACCCCAACUCUUACACAAAAUAAAUCCAGGAGCAAUUGUCGCCGGGGCAAAUUUUGUCACCCUAUGAAACGGGCCCAAGAUUUGCAAAUAAUCAAACGCAAUUUGGUUCUUAACCAAUCAGAAGGGAGCAUCAUGUAGGACUUGAACACAACUCUGUGCAACAGACCCCUUUAGAUGUAUGAUAAAGCAAGCGGAGCAUGAAACCAUGGAUCGAGGUUGAAAUUUGGUGUUCGAGUACAUGUACAUGUUUGUAGUACCCUGUUUCGAGCUAUCAUAAUUCAGAAGGGCAUUAGGUUUGCAUUGUGUUCAUCCAUUUUUUCGUCUGUGAUGAAAUGAUUAGCUACCUUUUUUUUCAAUUCAAUUUCAUUAUAGUUCAAUGUUUUAUCCAUUAUUUGUUUGCAAUCCUACUACUGUACAUUGCAAAAUUAUACACUUGAUUAGAUGUGUACUGUACAAAUUUUAAUGCAGGGCAAUAAAUGACAACUUACAGAAGAAAAAUGGUUGAAGGCUUGCUUACAUAGGGCGAGGCAGUUCUACAAAACAAAGCUUGCCAUCAUUUCCUGUACAAAUCAAUAUUUGUAUGAGGUGACAAAGUUUGUCACAGACACUGGCUACAAAACUCCAACAACUGAGAACCAAUUGAAUUUUACUUUUCAAUAAUUGGUGAAUAAAGUUUUGUCUAGAGUUGCUCUGGGGAGUGUUUCAUCAACAUUUUUGUCUGACAAGUUGUCAGAUCUGACAUCUUUCUCUGAUGAUGAUUGGCUGAAAGGUACUGUUACUAUGGUAACUGUCGGAUAAAAUGGGACUUGUCGGAUAAAACGUCUGACAAGUCCUUUCAUGAAACGCUCCCCUGAACAGCUCAUCGUAACUCGUGCCAUCAUGAUGUCAUGAAUUAAUACUGUUUAACUUUGGUCACUAUUUUUAAGACUUGAAGGCAGAUGAGUACAUGUGUUUUUUCCUAAAUUUUGUACUUACUAGUAUGAAAGAUAUAUUUGUCCAAAGCCUAAGAGCACCUUUUCUACCCUCAAUACUAUAGUUACUAUUUCAGGAAAUUUUUGCAUGUUAUUUAUUAUCUUUACAGCUAUACAGUUAUUGCACUCUACUCUAUUUCUUCAAUAUAUAAAUAUACCACGCUUUUGUUUAUUAACUUUAAUUUCAGGAUAAAAAAAUAACAUGUUUUAUAAUUAAGAAGAGGAAACAUUUAUUCAUCUACUACAUUAAGUGAUGACAUUACAGUGCUACAUUCAUGUAAAUGACUUAAAAAUUAUUUUUUCUUCGGAAACUUUCAUAGAAUUAUGAGAGCAACCAGUGCUUUAAUGAAAUCUUAAUAUGCAUAUUCAUUUGUGUACUCUGACCAGUGUAAUUAGUUGAUUACAAACCUAUGCCAGUCACUCCGGUCAAACCGACUUCAGACCGACCAAAUCAAUUACGUUAUUUCCAAUGGCAUAUCAUCGGUCGGUUUGGAGUCGGUUUCGUUGGUCUUACUGUAGCAUAGAUGAGGUUUUGUGAAUCGGGGGCCCUGGGAACUGUCUCAUAAUCUGUUAUGGAAAGCACAAUUUAAUAAAGUUUCCACUACAAAUUCAUACUACUGUAUUAUAAAACAAAUAAUGCACAUGUUUAAAUCUGUUAUAUUAGUGGUGAUGCAGGCAUCUUGGGUAUUUACAGUGUCAUGCGAAAGUGGUGUGUAUGUCAGGCUUAAAUCACGAAAGGACCAAUUGAUUUUAUAGAUCACAUUUUAUAAGAACUCAUUAUUACUGAGUUUGCUAUCAAUGUCAACUAUCAUGGCAACACUGCUUCCAGCCAAUCAAAAUCUAGCAUUUUACUGGAGUUAUUGGUGAGUUUCACUCUGGAGAAUUUCAUGCUCCAAGAACCUGGUACAGUGCAUGUGUUUUCCCUUUUUUUCAAUAUAUUUUCUCUUUGACUUGUAAUUCUAAGAUCUUAUAUUUUUAAUUAUAAUUAUGACUGAACUGUUCUAACAAAGAAAGUCAUUAUCUUAAUCAGGAAUUGAGAUAUAAUUCUCUAGAGUUUCUCAAGAAUUACCAUGAUUGGGCACAACUGGUUAUUCAAGACAUCUACGCAUCCAUUAUUUACAACUAGAAAUUAAUAUCCCCCCAAGUGAAAACAAACCUAUGUGGCAUUAUUUGUUCAUUGUAUGUCAAAUCAGUGCUUUUAUAACUUAUACAUGUUUCAUUUCUUCUUGUGCUUGUAGCAGGUGUAUGAGCUCCCAUUCAUAUCUGUUCAAUACUUAUAUCUAAUAGUUAGAUGGAUAAUAAAACAUAUUUGAAUUGCAAUGAAA